CCGCCUCUUGCGCUCUCGCGCGCGAGCGCUCCUGCCACUUCCGGUCGCCGGGCUUCCGCCGGGGCCGCGUCCUGCGCCCGCUGCCGCCGCCGCCGCCGCCGGUCCGGUCGCGCUCCAGGCGUUCUCUUUCCCCCUGAAGGAAAGCUGCCUCGUCCCAUGCUGUAGGGAUGGCGCUCCCUAUCAUCGUGAAGUGGGGCGGGCAGGAAUACUCGGUGACAACGCUUUCAGAAGACGACACCGUGCUGGAUCUCAAACAGUUUCUCAAAACGCUCACAGGAGUGUUACCGGAACGCCAAAAGCUACUUGGGCUCAAAGUUAAAGGCAGACCUGCAGAAAAUGAUGUUAAGCUCGGAGCUCUCAAACUGAAACCAAAUACUAAAAUCAUGAUGAUGGGAACUCGUGAGGAGAGCUUGGAAGACGUCUUAGGUCCUCCCCCUGACAAUGAUGACGUUGUCAACGACUUUGAUAUUGAAGAUGAAGUGGUUGAGGUAGAAAAUAGGGAAGAAAACCUACUGAAAAUUUCUCGCAGAGUGAAAGAGUACAAAGUGGAAAUAUUGAACCCUCCCCGGGAAGGGAAGAAACUGCUGGUGCUGGAUGUGGACUACACGCUGUUCGACCACAGAUCUUGUGCUGAGACUGGGGUAGAAUUAAUGCGGCCGUAUCUUCAUGAAUUCCUAACAUCUGCAUAUGAGGAUUAUGACAUUGUUAUUUGGUCUGCAACAAAUAUGAAGUGGAUUGAAGCUAAAAUGAAAGAGCUAGGAGUGAGCACGAAUGCAAACUAUAAGAUCACGUUCAUGUUGGACAGUGCUGCCAUGAUAACAGUGCAUACUCCACGCAGAGGACUCAUAGACGUAAAGCCUCUUGGUGUUAUAUGGGGAAAGUUUUCGGAGUUUUACAGCAAAAAAAACACCAUUAUGUUUGAUGACAUAGGAAGGAAUUUUCUGAUGAACCCGCAGAAUGGACUCAAGAUAAGACCGUUCAUGAAAGCACACCUGAACCGGGAGAAGGACAAGGAGCUCCUGAAGCUGACGCAGUACCUCAAGGAGAUAGCCAAGUUGGACCACUUCCUGGACCUCAACCACAAGUACUGGGAGAGGUACCUCUCAAAGAAGCAAGGCCAGUAGGGACAGGUCACGCCUGUUCUCACCGAAGACACUUCGCCAUCCAGGAACUUUUUGCUUUUCUGCUAGAAAUCAUUACGGUAGUGCUGGGCACUGAAGCAAAAUACCAGACUGCUUAUUACUUGGUCUUCCACUUUUUUGGUAAAUUUCAUUUUAUAUUUUUUGAAGAUCAUAGCAAUAUGCAAAAAGAAAAGAAUUUUUUUUUCUCUUCCCCAUACCAGCAUACCGUUUAAUUUUUGAAGCCCAUUUUCUCCAGCGUUGAAGACGGAGUCGUGUCCCCCCCCCAACUCCAACACACAAAAGUAGACCAAAAAAUCUGUAUACUCAGCAGUGUCCUUUCGUGAGUUUGGAAACAAGUUAACGUCUGUGUUUUUGUCUCAUUGUGUUGUUUUCUGACAAAAAUCUAAGACCCAUUUCAAAAUUGCUACUUUAACAUUUAAAAAAAAAAAAAUGUUCCGGGUGCCAGAAUAAAUAGUACGGCAGGUUGGGCACUUGCCUUACAAGUGGCCGGCGUGGGUUCGAUACCUGGCGGGCCAUGUGAGCACCCCAAGCACUGCCAGGAGCGGUCCCUGAGUGCAGUGCCGGGAGGCAGCACUGGGUGUGGGCGCCCCUCCCCCCCCAAACGAAGCAAAAAUUUCUGAGUCAGAAAAACCUACAUUUCAUAAGCGCACAUCGUCGAGAUCCUUCUCCUUCCCCUGAGGGACCGUCUCCGCUGUCCCGCGCUGCUGGCGGCUCUGGAUUACAGGCUGUCUCGGUGUGGUCUGUGUGCGUCUGUGUCUCCGAGUGAGGCUGGCGGGUGUCAGCCGUGACACCAGCACGUCCCAGUCUGCGAGCUAGAAACCGCGACGCCACAGCGUGAAGGGAGCGGCACGGCUGCGCUUGUCUCGGCGCCUAAGGAGAAGCGUUUCUGCCCCGUCGUCUCCUUCAGAAGCAGAGACGCCAACACAUUUUUUUAAGUGUCUGUGUUGCUGGAUUAGCCCCGGGGGGGAAAAGCAUGAAGAAAAAGUUUCUGUUCUACUCUAGCUGUAUCGUGUCUGAGUGCGAACAUUCUGUCCCGGUGAAAUCCCGAGCUGUAAGAUGUUUGAAGACAUUAUUUGCGACGCUUAACGCCUGCAGAUUCGUAAUGUGACCACUGUUCUGUGUUGCCAGUUUUGCUUUCUACGGUUCUUGUAUUUGGAAGGAACCUGAGCCUUUCGAAUAAACACGGUGUAUAUUGUUCUUAUGGGACUAUUUCAGUGGUGUAAAUAAUAAAUACCUUUUCUUACAACA